GAAAAACUCAAAAGAACAUAAAAAACGAAAAUUGUAAGAAAGAUACUGAAAGGCAAACACGAAGAGCACAACUAGAGAAGAUUCAUGCUUUCAGAUUUUGACUGCAGGUUAAAGGCAAGCCAAUAAAAAAAGACCAUUACUUGCAAGAUGACGAGAUCGUGGGUGCUUUUGUUUGUUCUUAUGUUCAUUGUGUUGACUUCUCAGUUUGAGUGGAAUGAACAAGUUGAGAGUGAAGCUGAGACAAGUCGUCCUCUGGUUCUUUCAGAUAAAGACCAACCUCAUAUACCACAAGGCAAAGAUUCUGUGCAAGAAAAGAAAAUUCUAUCUCAAGAAAAGAAAAUUCAGAAGCUUAACGAGCUGGUCCGAGAUCUAAGGAGGCAGUUGCUGCAAUGCAGAAAUGAAAAUCAGGUUGAGUUAACGGAGCUAGAAACUGAGCUUGAUCAGCUGCUGGUAACAGGUGUUUAGUCCAUAUUACAGUUGAUCAGCUACUACAUUCAUCAUGUUUCACGAGUGCUUUGCUUGCUGUCUCGACUCUCGACCUUUUACUUUAGAGAUUUCAAUAGAUCAGAAGAGAGUUAAGAGGUAGCUGAGAACUUUUAUAAGCUGGCCAGAGAUAUAAUGAAGGGAAGUACUUAUUUGCUUGAAGAUAAAAGGUUUCACUCUACUUGAUCAAAAGUACUGUAUUCUGAAUCACAAUCAUGGUGUGUGUGCAGGUUAGUGCUUUUACUCAGUAAUCCUCCAUAGGCUUCAAGUGUAAAUCCAGAUUCUUGAUCAAUCUAAUACCGUAGCCCCUCUUUCUAAGCACUACACUUGAAGAUUCUGUAAUUUGAAGGAGAAAUCAAAGAAGAGUGGUCCUGUGUGAAGUACAUCAAGUAUGUAUAGCUAAGGCAUGACAUUUGGUUUAUUUUUAUUUUCUUGUAUUUUUAUCAUUAUAAUGAAAGUGUGGCACUAAUUGGUGGACUCAAUAACUUGGACAUUUAUGGGAAGACCAGCGUCUGCAAAAAAUAGGACACACAAAAAAAUAGAAGAAGCCAAAAACUCGUGAAAAUUUUACUUACUGAGUAUUUUGUUCCAAAUCCAAAUUGUUCUAGUUUAAGUAUAAGUAUUCCCCAUGUAAAUCCUUAUGCUCAAGCCAAUGUAUGUAGAUCCAUUUGAGGUUGAUCAAUAAACUAGAAGAAGCAGAAAAAAAACUUGAAAUAA